AUGUCCCCUACUCCCGAAUUAGCGGAGGAGGGAGAACCCCCACGACCAACUUGUCUCCUCAGGCAGGAUUGGGACUCUCUCGUACUCGGAUUUGCAGACGGAACGAUAGCCCGUACGUCGCUCAAGGAUCUACUCAGCCAAGGGAUCAACGGGCGCUUACGCACUUCCGGCACAAGGAGGCUGUAUGGAGAGGUCACGUUUAUCCGCGUGCUCCAGUUGGAGGGGGGAAAGGAGAUUAUCGUUGCAGGAUCGGAUGACGGUGGUGUCGGUGUUUGGAACUCCCCUGAUCUCAACCUCCUAUUGAAGAAAAUCCUGUUCGCCUCCCCCCUUGUGCGGGCCGAACUCGUGCAUGGCUAUGCGGGAAUGCAAGAGGGUCUCGUUCUCGUAUCUGGAGAAGGGACGAUCGCCUUUGUCGACUGUACCGAUUCUCUCACUUUUACGAGUCUCAUCCCCUGCGCCUCAUCGCCUCUCAUCAAAGCAUGCCUAUCCACAGAUACCCUCAUAAUCCUCUACGCCAACAACCGCGCUCGUCUGUGGGACGUAAGAUCCAAGGAACUAUGGCGCAUCAUGGAAGGCGAUAAGGCGAAGGAGAUGAUCGACCAGGGCGGGUGGGGCAUCGUGGAUGCAGAGGAGAGGGGCGUCGAUGUGAGCCCUGUCCCGCUGUUCGAUGUGCCCUGCGCACCCGUCGCACUAGACGCAGGGAUUUCUGCACUACUGGCCGCGCAGAAUCUCGGCGUCAACCCACCGCUGGACAAACAGUACCCUGAUAAUCUACCCAAGCAGCUGCAUACGAUCCUGCCUGUCGUGGCGGCAUCAUUCACAUAUGGCCUAGACCAGAGCGUCGACGGACUCUGUGACGACCAAAAGCCAAUAGGGGCGGGGAGCGUCGCUCUCCCUAGUGCCUCGUUUAGUGGUCCGGUGAAAGCCUCAGAGGAAAAUGCAGUAUGGCAAGUAUCCCCGACCGCGACGACUUUCCUAUUGCUCAGCCUAAUCACCGUCCUUCGAAUAUGCCUACCUUCCGAGGUAUUCGAAAUGCAUGCCACUGCUAUCAUCGCCUUUUACGUCUCUUCCCUACCGGAGACGAUGCCUGCGUACCAGUCGCCAUCGCUAGACGUGCUGGUGCGAUUCUGGUACGAUCCUUCAUCUGAGAUACAGCACGGCGCGCGUCUACUGUUCAACGCUGUUGUCUCCCAGAUGGCGGAUUCAGAGGUGAUCAGUAUCGCAGAGCUCUGGCAGCGCCAACUUCCCUGUGUCCAGCCUGAUGCUAGCCAGAACUCGGCCGCCUGCGCUCGUGCCCUGCUCAUCGCAGGAACCCUGGCCGCCGAGCGGUAUUCACUCCUCUCAACCUCAACUCUGAGGGACAUCUCCAAAUCCAUAUCGCUGUUCUUGCACGCCGAGACCUGCCCCUACUCCGUUCUGGCCAUCGAUCUCUGCUCUCGCGGCUUCCACAUCUGGCAACAGUACAUCGACGCUGUGGAGACCCUGAGGUGCUUGUUCAGACGUGCCGUCACCUUUGAGAAAAGCACCCUCCCAACUGUAGGACAUCAGGCCAGACUCGCGAUCCUGCAUAUUGCGAGUACGAGCACUGCACUGUUCAUGACUACCGUGUCGCUAGACAUUGUCAACGCGCCAACUGCGGAGCAUCUCAAGUCUAUCAUGCUCGUCAUCGCAUUCAUCGUGAAAAAGAAACCACUCGUGCUCUACCCUAGCCUGCCAAAACUGGUCGACGCUGUUGUCAAGUCCCUCGACCCCAACUCCUCGUCAAGAGAUGCUGUUCUGCAGGCAGCGACCAUCAUCCUGGACCAGCUGGUGCACACUUAUCCCUCCGUUGCCUUCAAUGCUAAGGUCCAGCGUCUCGCCGUAGGAACUAUCGAAGGCGCUGUGAUCAUGUACGAUCUGAAGACUGCCACUCGGCUUUACGUCCUCGAAGCUCAUCGGAAGCGCGUCUCGGCAUGCAGCUUCUCCCCCGAUGGGCGAAGGCUAGUGAGCAUGUCGCUGGAAGAGAGUGUGGUUAUGGUUUGGAAAGUAGGGACCAGCUUCUCCAGCUUAUUUAAUCCUGGUGGGCCGCCUCGUCAGGGGCACGCAGGGUCGGAUCCGUACAAGACGAUACCCUUCAGUGCUGGCGAAGAAGGGCACAUAACUGUGGCUGCGACGUUGGAAUGGGUAACAUUCGAAUGGCCGGGCGACCGAACAGCACGGCUGAAGAUCCGGGACAGUACCUUCACUUUCAACACCUAAUUGAACCAUGUCACGCAAUU